AUGCCAUCCCGCUCUUCCACCACCGGCAGUUCUGCCUCCACGGGCUCGACCACCGCCAUGCACCCGCCCCAGCCACCGGCUCCCCAUCAGCUGCCGACCCCUCAGCCAACUCAGCCGACUCCUCAACUGCAGCAGCAGAUGCCUCAGCCGGAGCUGCAGACGGAUGGCACGACGACGGAACCAGAUGGUGAGGAUGACGACGAGCCUCAAGAUGAUGCGCACGCUUCUGAAGAAACACCCUACUUCUCCUUGUAUUGGCUUGAGAGGCUUCGGGCAGCAAAUCCCUCUCAUCGCCGUCCGCAACGCCUGGAGCUGGGUACCGACGAUUUGUACUGGGGGAGCCGUACCAUCCUUCGCAUGGGCGGUUUCUAUACGCCGUAUAAGAAGUUGCUCCCUCUGUCCCUCAUGGAGAUCGGCUGCGAUGAUGAUAUGAUUACUGAUCAUGCCGAUUGGGAGCAUGAUCACAUCAUGCGCCUUUAUGGCGACGUCUUCAAUGUGGUAAUGGACGAGUUUCCAGAGUUUGCUGACCAUGCCGAAUAUAUGAAGACAGUCGGUUUUGAUGCAUUGGACGCUGUUUCUUCCUAUAUCAUCGGGCUCGGUGGGCGCAUGCGUAGCGACGACAUCAGCCGCAUCAAAAGGAACCCCAGGAACUUCAUCCCAAUUCCUCUGACAGCGAGCGGUUCCGUCGAGGUCGACAAGCUAAAGGCGUCUCGAGGCUUCAAUGACCCACGAGGUUGCGGAAGUUUGCUUGUUCCCCUCACCCAGUACGCUACAUACUUGGCUGAUCCCGAGGAGUUCGCAACACGGGUCCGCCUCGCGCUGAUCAAACUGGCACCUGACGACUACCCUCGCGCCUUCUUUGACUUUGACAAGUUCCCGUCCGAUGGCUCCGGAGUCCCCUCCGGUCACGAGCUUCGAGAGGCGUUCCUUCGUGGCCCUCUGUUGUAUAAUUUCUACACCGCAUUUUAUAUCGGGACCAAUGAGGACCCCACGGAGUCUAAGCGAGGCCAGAAGUCUGUCGCUGCCAAGACCGGCACCACGCACUCCACCAUUCACUCCAUUAUCUACGCUGCAACCCUACUGCGCUUCAUGCUCAGCGACCAGGUGUUCUGGUCGGAGACUGAUUGUGGUUUUUCCAAUCGCAAGUUCUCGGACUCCGUCCUCCUGAUCUCUGUGAAGUACCCUCAGUGGACUGAAAGGCUCCUCAAGUACUAUGACCAAGUCUUUGAGUCUGUUAGAGAGGAGCACGAGUUCGUCAUUGGCGGCCAGCCAGACUCCGCUUUCUCUCUGAUGUCCGCUUAG